AUGGAAUAUGUUCGAAUACGUCUACGAUAUGAUAAUUGUUUUACCGUUCCGGCAGUCGGUCGUAGCGGUGGUUUAGCUCUCUUGUGGAAUGGCGGCGUUGACGUGGAGGUCGUGGGUUACUCCAACCACUACAUUGACACGGUGGUUACGCCCGGGGGGUCUGCUCCUAAAUGGCGUUUUACGGGAUAUUACGGCCAUCCAGAGAGGGCUCGUCGGCGAAGUUCCUGGGAUUUGCUACGGUAUCUUUCUGCCCUUAAUAAUUUGCCUUGGUUAAUGAUGGGUGAUUUUAAUGACAUUAUGAGGGCUGAGGAGAAGAUUGGUCGGGUGCCUCACCCUGAGUGGCUUAGGAAGGGGUUUUGCGAGGCAGUUCGGAGUAGUGGGUUGAGUGAUUUUGCUUUUAUGGGCUGUCAAUUAACCUGGGAGAGAGGGAGAGGGUCUGCAAAUUGGGUGCGUGAAAAGCUGGAUCGAGUGCUAGUCUCCGGUACAUGGCGUGAUUUGUUCCCUGAGGCUAGGGCUUGGUCGGUUGAGAGGGGCUGCAGCGACCAUUUGCCAAUUCAUUUGGUUACUCACCACUUGGGUCGGAGAUCGUAUGUUCGUCGUCCUAGAUAUGAAAACAGCUGGGGGAAAAUUCCAGAGUGCAAUGAACUUGUGGACAGGGUUUGGGGUCGGUUUUUUUCUCUGCCGAUUGGGGAUAGGUUAGUUAUGUGUGGUAAAGAAAUUUGGAAGUGGGGCCGAGGGAGGAAUAAGGGGGAGAUGGAGGAGCUGAAUCGCUGUAAGGUUCGGCUUGGGGAGUUGAGGCCGCGUACUGAUAUGAUUGGGGUGAGAGAGUUUGGCAGAGUUCAGCAGCGGUACCUAGCUCUUGUUCAAACGCAGAGUGAUCACUGGAAACAGAGAGCUAAAGAGCUAUGGUAUGGUGGAGGGGAUAGCAAUACUCGCUAUUUCCAUUCUUCAGUAAAUGGCCGCCGGUGGAAAAAUCGUAUACAUGUUUUGCUAAAUUCCAGUGGUUUUCCGAUUUCUGAUGAAGAGGGUAAGGCGAAUAUUAUGGUCGAUUAUUUCCAGAAUCUGUUCCAAACGGAGGAGGGCGAUGAUCGGCCAGUAUUGGCUUGCGUUCGGAUUCGCAUUACUGAUUACCAGAACGAGGAGUUGGUGCGGCAUGUCACGGCGGAGGAGGUGCGUGCGGCGGUCUUUGCUAUGCAUCCCGACAAAUCCCCGGGCCAGGAUGGUUUGUCACCUGCAUUCUUUCAGACACAUUGGGACGUGGUUGGUCCUGAGGUAGUUCUCUUGUGUCAAUCUUUUAUAAAUACUGGUUUUCUCCCUGAUUGUCUAAAUGUGACCCAUAUUGUCUUGAUUCCAAAGAAAAAACACCCUGAUGUUAUGACUGAUUUUCGCCCUAUUUCGCUUUGUAAUGUUGUGUAUCGUGUUGUAGCGAAACUUUUAGCAAAUAGGCUCCGGGGGGUUUUAAAUUCUGUAAUUUCCAGUUCUCAAAGUGCCUUUAUUCCAAGGAGGUCUAUUGUUGAUAAUGUCCUUAUUGCUUUUGAGUCUGUACAUGCUAUGAAUCGAAUGAGAAAGGGGCAUGGGGGUUUUGGGGCCUUGAAAUUGGAUAUGAGUAAGGCGUACGAUCGGGUGGAAUGGGGUUUUUUGGGGAGGAUUAUGGAAAAAAUGGGUUUUAGUGUGCGGUGGGUGGAGCUCAUGAAGGCUUGUGUGGCCACAGUCCGUUAUAAUAUUUUGUUUGAGGGAAAGGAGUGGGGGCCUAUAAUUCCUUCUAGGGAUUUAAGGCAGGGGGAUCCUUUGUCACCUUGUCUUUUUAUUAUUGUGGCCGAAGGUCUGAGUGAGAUGUUACGGGCAAAUAAUCUUGAGGCGGGUUGUAUAAAGGAAAUUUUGAGGGAGUAUGGUCAGGCUAGCGGGCAACAAAUAAAUUUGGAUAAAUCAGCUAUCACUUUUGGGGCAAACGUUGAGAGGGAGGAUAAGGAGGCUGUUUGUGAUAUUUUAGGAAUUCAUGAACAGCGGGUUAGGGGCUGUUAUCUUGGGCUUCCGGGGUAUGUGGGGCGGCAUAAGAAGGAUAUUCUGGGAUUUAUUCGGGAAAAGGUGAGAGGUCGGAUUCUCCAUUGGGGAAAUAGAUUUUUAUCUAGGGGGCGUGAGGUUUUGCUUAAAACUGUGCUGCAGAGCAUCCCAAAUUAUGCAAUGAAUGUCUUUUUAUUCCCCAAAGGUUUGUGUGAUGAGAUUGAGAAACUCAUGAAUUCGUUCUGGUGGGGUUGUGAGAAUAGGAGGUCUGGUAUUAGGUGGAGUACUUGGGAUGACCUUUGUCGUCCUAAGGGUUUUGGGGGAAUGGGUUUUCGUAAGGUGAGGGAGAUGAAUCUUGCUAUGUUAGGUAAGCAGAGUUGGAAACUGGUUCAUGAACCUGAUGCCCUUGUGUCUCGGAUAUUUAAAGCUCGUUAUUUUCCCCGUUGUUCUUUUCUAGAGGCAGGUAGGGGAUCCAACCCUUCUUUCGUGUGGUCCAGUAUUUAUGCAACGCAAGGUUUGGUGUGGAAAGGGGUUAGAUGGAGGAUAGGGGAUGGGGAGAGGGUUAGAGUGUGGGGGGAUCCUUGGCUUCCUGAUUGUGAUAAUCCUUUGGUGUGUACCCCGGAGCCGAAUUAUUUGAAUAAUCCUUUUGUUAAGUCUCUGUUUCUGAGUGGUACUACUUCUUGGGAUGUGGAUUUAUUGAAAGAUAUCUUUUGCCCACGAGAUUGCUCUCUUAUUUUGAGUAUUCCUACUCUUUCCAUGCCUGGGCAGGAUUCUUUAUUUUGGACAGGCGAGGAACAUGGAGGGUAUUCGGUUAGGAGUGCUUAUCGUUUAGUGAGAGGGUUAUGUGUGGAUGAUGGGGGUUAUGGUUGGACUGGAGUGCAAUGUGAUUCGUUAUGUCCUUUAUGCGGCUCUGAGGCAGAAACUGCUAUUCACCUAUUCGCGAAUUGUAGAUUUGCGCACGAGUGUUGGAGGAUUAUUGAUAAGGAUUGGGAGUUGGGGUUUGUGGACUCGAUUCAGGGUUGGGUGGAUGAGAUGUGGGGGGUGUUGUCGAGGGAGAUGUGCGAGAAGGUGGUGGUUGUUUGCUGGGCUAUUUGGGAAAACCGGAACGAUAAGGUUUGGAACAACACAUAUAAAGAUCCUGCUUCCUUGCUUCGCUAUGCUUUCUGUUUUGUGGAAAAUUGGAGAGCGGUCUAUGGUGCAAAUAUGUGUUUGGGGCGUCGUGUUACUCAACAGCCUGAGCAUGGAAUGUGGCAUCCCCCCCCCCCCCCNAAGAUCAAUGUUGUGGUUGCUAUGGAUUUCGCGAAUAGCAGAAUGGGUUUUGGAUGGGUGGUCCGGGAUGAUGCCGGGGUCAUUCACGGAGUGGUUAUGCGAACUGUUGAAGGCCUUUUUUCUGUUCGUGAGGCGGAAGCUAUGGGAGCAAGGGAAGCUCUCAGUUGGAUAAAGGGCAGGGGUUGGCAGCAUGUGAUUGUUGAGACUGAUGCACAGGUUGUUGCAAAUGCGGUUCAGACCGGGGGCAAUUGUACUCCCUUCGGUGGUUUAAUUGAUGAGAUCUGUGAGCUUUUGCAUCAGCUUGAGUCGGCUUCUCUUGUUUUUAUUAGUCGAAAUUUUAAUAUGCCAGCACAUGUUAUAGCUAAGCGAUCGCUGUCUAUGGUAGGCGUUGAGUUUUGUGAGCUUUUUUAUUCUAUUCCCCGGUGUUUGGCUAGUCUUGUUUGUUUGAACUCUGUUUUGGCUUAA